CGAAGCUCAAUUAAACAACAAUAGCAUCUUCGUUGUGAAAUAAUAUCGCAUUCUGAGCCACAUUUCUUAACUGGCUCAUAAAAACACAAAUAACUUGACUUAAACAAUACCGAAGUUCUAUAUCUUUGAUCGCCGGAUAAAAAAAACAUAAAUCUAAAAGUCGGAGUAGAGAUUGGAUUGGAUAAGAAGUUCACAGUAUACUAGAGCGGCUCCCGCCGUCGCGUAUUUCUCACCACCCUGUCGCAACCGACUGCAGCAUACAAGAUGGAUGUACUUGGGGAGAACGAUGGACUGGGUCCAUCCUUUGAAACAAACGAAUUCUUUCCUGGGAUGGAUAUGCUACACCAGCCAACCCGCAUUGACAACCCUUUCAGGGGAGAUUUGAGUGACGAUGAUGAGGACAUGGAGGACACUCUAACGUCUGACUGGGAGUGUCCCCUGGCUAGUAUGGCACAGGGUUCUCACAACCCUGUGAAGUACCCAACUCCGACACAGGCGGGUGUUUGGUAUGGGGAAGGUCGCUCGAGGUUAUCUAUUAAUCAACAAUUCGUCGAUAUCAUCCAGGAGUGUGAAAAUUUCUAUACAUCCAAUCCCGGAUUUGACGGGUCUACACAGCAGGUUGAGCACCUCUUCGGCUUCAUUAGAAGAGCCCUCACGGCAAUCGGUCUAGAGAGGCAUUUAAAUGUUUUUAGGCCUCGGGGGGAGGGAAUUUACGAAGCGGACCCUACUCCUUCGCCUCGCUAUGUGUCUGCCACAUACCGCGAUCUUCCUACUGAUCAGGAACCUAUGAAUGACAAGGCCUGCUACAACGAUGUCAGAAGGCUCCUAGGAGGAGGAAUCCCACUUCCCGAAAAUUUUGGACAACUUCGAGGCGGAGCUGCUCCGAGCCCUUCUAAUGUAGGCCUUCCUUCAGCUAAGGAACUUAGGGAAGACGCCCGUGAUUUAAAGAGGCGGGUUGGCUUUAAGGCGACGAGGCCGAGAAAAGCGUGGGGAGAUGCUCGACUGGAUUCAAAACUAGAGAUAGAGAAGAUUCCCGAAAAGCUUGAAGAUAUGAAGGUCAAGGGGCCUCUAAUGCUGCCAAUUGAGGGCACAAGUAAAGAGUUACGCGAUAGAAUCUCGAGUGGACUCACCGCUGAGAUCGACAAGCAGGCUGAACGGUACGAAGCUGCUAAACAGUGCGACACGAUCCCGGAUAUCAAGGCCUUAUUAAAAGAAGUUGACGAGGAAAUCGAUUCCAAGAGGAUAGAUUGGCAAUCGUUUAUUCAUGACUGGGUUCGGAUAAAUUCAGUGGGCAAGGCCCGGUUUAAAUUUCAGACCUUUGCUGAAGGGUUCGAACGAUUCUACGCAGCGAUAAUGGAGUCUUUCGCCGUGAUGCUUUCCGGUAUCAUUCGGCUCCUUUUACAUAACAAGCUCCUCGAACUUAAAGAAAUACAAAUUAACGACCUAAUUUCUGCAGAGAUCGAACAUAUAGAAUCUCUGAAGAGGCAAGAGGAGAUAUGGAAAGAGUUUGAUGCCUUCCACAUGUACUUGGUGGCAGGCCUCAAACAGAAUGAGAAGGAUUUUUACCUUAGGCGUAUUCGUUUACGACAAGCGCUAGAUCAUUACUGGACCCAGCUCAUCAAGGAACAUCAAGGUAUACUCAACAAACUCGAGGAGGAGGGCUUAGAUUCGUACCCCGAGACGCAACGGAUGAUAAAGAAAAAAGAGGCAGAACAAAAGGGCUCCCAGGUCAAGCAGCUGCCCGAGAAUAGUGAUAUCAUUCCCUCGGAGAAUGAAAUCCUUCAGCCAAAAGAGGAAGACCCGACUGCGGACGAGUCCAUUGAUGACUCGAACUUGCCCAACAUCCCAUCAGAGGACGAUAGUUCGGACGUCCCACCUCCAGAGGUAGAUGAUCCCACCAAACAAGAGUCGCCGAAGAAAAUUCCCGAUCCUGGUCCCUCGACUAAAGAAAAGGGCGGUUCGGGCCUCGGCGCAAGUAUCUCAGCGCUCAACAAACUGCGUUUGACAUACGCAAGGUACCUCCAAACUUAUAUCGACGACAACAAUAGUCUCGAUGCGGGCGAUCCGGGAAAUGCAGCGAAGAUAUUGGCGAACAACGAGCAGAUCAAGAUGUACAACCACAUGAUUUGGAACUUGGACACGGAGAUCGACAACCUGAGAAGCCUAAAGCCGGAGAAGAACAUCGGAAGGAGUGUGCAGAACGAUAGCCCUGGGCCGAUACCAGCUCAUGAGCUUUACAAGAAUACCAAGAGGCUUCAAGGUCAAAAGGAUCUCCCUACUGAUGUCCAUAGCUUGGCACCUGGUAACUUGCCUGGCGACCACCCGGCGCCGGCGAUCCCUAGGGUCCUCGUGGGUGGUCCGGUAGACUUUGGUGAUGACCCUCUCACUCAGGGUCAGACGACUGAUCCUACACCUCAACCCGCGCCUCAACCCGCGCCCAAGCCCAAGCCCUAUGUCGAGCCCAAGCCCAAGCCCAAUGUCGAGCCCAAGCCCAAGCCCAAUGUACAGCCCAAGCCCAAGCCUCCGGUCCAGCCUCCGGUCCAGCCUCAACCUCCGGUCCAGCCUAAAACUCCGGUCCAGCCUCCGGUUCAGCCUCCGGUUCAGCCUCCGGUUCGGCCUCCGGUUCAGCCCCAGCCUCGACCUCCACCUCCACCACCACCUAACCCUUUCCCUAUAGACGAACCCGUCACUCCGACUCCUGCUGGGAAUAACACUCAAGGUCAGUCUGAAGUUCUUCCACGGUACCGUGCUGGCUUUCCCGUCAUCAACUUGGAUGAAGAAUCCCGGGGGGAGAGUCCUUACCCGCCUCGCCCACCUCGGCAUCGUGGCUCUCGCCCUAACCCGCCCGUCCGUCGCUUGUUUCAGCGCCGGCCGGGUCGCGAGGUUGUUGACAUAGCCGUGGAGGAGUCCACGCCGCCGUAUGGGCGUACUUACCCCAGCAACUCUCGUCUAAGCAAUUCUCGUCUAUUCCACUCUCGCCGAAACCCUCUCCGGGGCUCGAGGACUAACGUGACUCGAACAGUUCCGACCCCCGCCCCGUCCACAAAUGUCCCGCCGGUAAAGACGGUAAACCCAGUGCGACCAGUGCAGCCGGCAACGCCAGCACCUCCGGCAUAUCCAGUGCUGCCGCAAUGGCAACGACAACCGCAACCGCAACCGCAGCCAGAGCCAGAGCCAGAGCCAGAGCCAGAGCCGCAGCCGCAGCCGCAGCCGCCGCCGCAGCAUCCAGAUGAUCCUCAUGGUUGGGCUUGGACUCAAUUGCCAGCGAUGACCUUCGAGCAAUACCUCGCAUCGCUGCCGCCACGUUUCCGACGCGACCGGAAUGCUGCGAAGGCAAACUACGAUCUUAUCACUAGUACCGUAGCGAAUAUCAAUAAAAGACAUAAUGGGCCUGCAGAGCCUCCCGCUCACGAAGAAAUUUAUAAGCAGCAGCCUCCGGUCCAGCCCCAGCCCCAGCCCCAGGUGCCGUCUCCGUUGUAUUCGAAUACCGCAAGGCCAGGCUGGGCCCACAGCAAGGCUAGCCAUGAGUGGACUAUGUACGACAUUGCGAACAUGUCGUUCAAAGAUUACUACGAUUCCCUCCCAGUAGAAGGGAGAGCGGAUGAGAACACUGCUCAGAAGGACUUCAAGGCUAUUCAAAACAGCAUAAGAGAUAUCGAGAAGGCCCUGAGACCCGCCACGCCCGUAGAUCCACCGCCUCAUGCGCCCCCGGUUACUCCAUUCCCGCUUACUCCAGCCGAUAUCAGGAUUGCUCACCAGAGCACGGCGGAAAGGCCUCCUAAACGGAUCUUUCCUUGGGAUAAUUAUAAAACCGAGUCUCCGAAAAGGGUCACCCCGUCCAAUAGGGGAGGAUUGGGAGGAACUGGAGGAGUGAAAAAGGUGAUCAACCCAAGGAAGCCCUCGAAAUUGCCUCCAAAUCAUCCCAGAUAUUGGGACUGGAGUGACUGGAGCAGUGUCGUAGACCAACGGUACGAGGGAUAUCUAGGAAAGCUCGACGAAGAGGAAAAGUCGCAGUGGGAGAAGUCGGAGCAAGACUUUUACGACUUCAGACGAAAUGCGUUUAACAAGGCGACGCAGCGGCAUAGCGCUGCCGCCGCCAAAAAAAGAGGUAAUAUUAUUUCUGAUCGUAUUCUUGAUUCUAGCGAUAGCCAACUGAUCCUAGCUUCGACUCAGGUAAUUAAAGACGUCACUCAGGUCCCCGUCGUUGACGACGAUCCAUCUACAUAUACCGGCCCAAUAGCCUACGCAGCAACCCGCGUAACUCAAGCCAAAGGCAAGGGGAAGCAGGAUUCCAAGAAGGAUACUGGCAACAGGAAGGAUACUGGCAACAAGAAGACUACUGGCAACAAGAAGACUACUGGCAACAAGAAGAAGACUGGCGACAAGAAGAAGACCGACGACAAGAAGAAGACUGACAAACCAAAGCAGAAAGGGCAAAUAACGGACAAGACUACUAGGAUAGCUAGGGACGGGCCAAAGAGAUGGAGACCGAAACCGAAGGAGUAUUCUAAGCUGUCCUCCCUUAUUAAGAAAACCGUAAAGUUCCCAGGUCCAAAGCCAGGCGAGAAAGCAGUUCUGUUCGAAAAAGAAGUCAAGGGCGACCAGUCGAAACCAAGCCAGAAAAAGACAACGAAGAACAUCAUCCCUGACGACGACCCGCCGCAACAGUCGCAACCUCGCCAGAAAAAGAAAAAUCAAAACAUCAUCCCCGACGACGACGGCGACGUCGUGGAACCUAGUCCUGAGCCAGCGCCCGAACCUCCACGUCCACUUAGACAGGGACUAAGGCCAAAACCGCCACGACCACCACCUUCUCCGAAGCGCGACGACGGACGUAAGAAGCCAAAGGUAAAGCCAAAGACAAAAAAGACGCCUACGCCCGCGCCUGCUCCCGAACCUGAACCUGCGCCUAAACCUGCUCCUAAACCUGCUCCUAAACCUGCACCUAAACCUGAAUCUGAACCAGAACCUGAACCAGAACCUGAACCUGAACCUGAACCUGAAUCUGAACCUGAUCCCGCCUUGGUACUAGCCAAUCUCCAAGAAAGACGCAGGCAAGCCCCCAAACCGCCCAGUCCCUGGCCCGACCCCAUGCCCGACGUCCAACCCCCGCGCCAACCCGGGCCCCUGAAGCGGCCUAUAGCGUUGGCGGAGGAGGAGAACAAGAAGAAACCCGAACUCUCGCCCAGGACCAAGAAGCGAAAGCUGGACACCGUGAUCCCGCAAGGCGACGGCUGGCCCGACAUCAAGUACCUGAUGAAGGCGCACCGGACGGCGGUGAUGGCCGGGCAGACGAUCAGACAGCGGCGGGGGGGCGGGACCAGACUUGCCGUGGGGCCGAAGGAGGCUAUCGACGGGGUACUUAGGCCUGUCCUAGAUAGGAAUGAUAAGGUUCAUAUAUGAUCGUGGGGAGCGGUGGUAUGGAUUAGGGGUAUUGGUUUUAAUGGGGUGGAAAGUGUCCGGCAAUGUUUAAAGAAAGGGGUUGGUUGGUGUCUGGGGAGGUGGAUGGAUGGAUGGAACGAUAUAUCGACAAGACUGGUGUGGGUUGCUGAGUACAGACAGAUGGGCACUUGCCGCCGGAAGACAACGACAUGAUGGAUACUUUAUAGAUGGAAAGACGGAAUUUCGAUGGGGACCUGAAUGACGCAUCAAAUUAGACGAACAAGAAGAGGAGGAAUUAGAUUAUGGAGGAAAGUUAGGGAAGAAGAUUGUACGAUGGAGAAAUUGGAUUAUUAGUUAGACAUUGUGUGCAAGGAGG